CAAUAAGUCGUGUGCUAUAUUUGAAGCUCAUGUCUCUUGUCUUUAAAGACAUGUUCUUCACCUUCUUUGUUCAGUUCUACAAGUGGCAGAAUCAUAAAUAUCGCUCUGCAUCGCCAUACCCUGCCAAGCGGGAUCAGAGCAAGGAUCAACGUGGUCAAGUUCAGUCUAUCGACAAGCGAUAUUCGGCGAGAGCGAAGCUAUAUCAGCACAUCCGGUCCAGUGCAUACAUACUGUAUCAGCCUUGGUAGCACACGGCAUUGAGAGGAUAACGUUCUACGGCACAACGAUAAAUCCAAUCACGUGUGCCAUACCUUUUUCCCCUUCAUUAUUUUUCGGGUCCCUCCAAAAGCUCGCCUGAGCUGUCGGUAUUUGCAUCACACAUUCCAUACCAGAGCAGGCAAAAACAAGGGUUGCAUCCCUUAUCUAUCGGAGAAUAUUAAAGAGCUAUCAGUGGUUAAUUCUCGAAUCAACUACUGCAAGUUAAACAGCUUCAGUGACUAUAACCUCCAAAGCCAGUGACGGAGACGGCGCGCAACAGGAACAGGUCCACCGUUUUUACUUUGCAGCUUGAAUCUUUCAGGCGGUACCUUACAGGGCUUUUAGUGGGGCAACCAGCUAAACCAUACCAUCUCCAAGCAUCUCCAUCUCAUCCCGUCUCCCUCCACUGCGACCUCUCCAGGGCCCCUCCACCUCCACAUCCACAUCCCAGAUCCCAGGGCAGGCAUCAAAUCGGCCGAGUUGAGUCAACCGUCAUCACUCAAUUCUCUCCCUCCCUCUCUCGUUUAUAUUUUUUCUCUACUUUCUUUCUACUCGCCCAAAAGCAAAUCAUGGGAGCCGAAGUCGAGCCUGCUUUGCAGGUGAUUGUAUUGGGCUCAGGGGGUGGUCCUCAAGAAUCAAACACCACUGCUUUUCUAGUCCGUUCUGUCGCUCAAAAAUGGCAUCGUGGCUCUAUCAUCGCCGUCGAUGCUGGCGUCCAUCUCUCUGCUAUCACACGUAUCAUGGAAGAAUCGAUACCUUCUCCACCACCGCCUCCUCCCUUCACACUUACCAUUGGCCCCUUUGCAGGUCUUGAGCUGCCUUACUCUUCACCUUCUGCUAACGCAUCUCACAUCACGCGCUCUCUCGUCGACACAUAUCUCAUCACUCAUCCUCAUCUUGAUCACAUCUCGGGCUUUGUAGUCAAUACUGCUGGCUUCCCGGGCACAAGGCCGAAGAAACUGGCUGCUCUACCAAGCACAAUCCAAGCUUUCAAGAAUCACAUUUUCAACAAUGUGAUAUGGCCAAACCUAAGUGAUGAGAACAACGGAGCUGGGCUGGUGACUUAUAUGAGAUUGGUUGAAGGUGGCAGUCCGACACUCGGCGACGGUGAAAGUAGGGGUUACAUCGAAGUUGCAGACGGACUCCUUAUCAAGGUUUGGAGCGUAAGCCAUGGGCAUUGUCUCGAGAAGCAUAGUCACCGGGGCUCAACAUCAAGUGCAUCUACUCGCUUCAGCAGCCAUGAUGCAUCCAUGCCACAAGGUCCCAUCGCGCGCUCAGCAUCUUACUACCCGGGAUCUAUAUCCCUACAUCGAGGGUCACUCAUGAUCCCCCAAAACAGCUUCAGCCCUGUAACGACUACAUUGGAGCAGGAGCAAAUUUGCGUCUACAACUCAAGCGCCUACUUCAUCCAGGACCCCACCACCCAUCGUGAAGUCCUCAUUUUCGGGGACGUUGAGCCUGAUAGCAUAUCGCUAAGCCCGCGGAAUCUGCAUAUCUGGCAACAAGCUGCGCCAAAGAUCGCCUCUGGUAACCUCAAGGCUAUCUUCAUCGAGUGCAGCUACGAUGAGUCGCAGGCAGAGGAUCGUCUGUACGGGCACCUAAAGCCCCGCUAUGUCAUUGAGGAGCUGCGCGCACUGGCGCAUGAGGUCGAAGUCGAACGCAAGUCGCAUUAUUCCGAACCUAAGAAGCGCAAGCGCAUGGGCAGCACGACUGACGAGACUCCACGACGAAACCCUUCUAUCGCGAAUCUCACCUCUGAAGACCCCGUGUCUCCCAGGACCAUCAAGGCUUCGACACCGGAUUACGUUCACCCUGGUAUUGAAACACCUCCUACACCGCACCUCACUUCGCCGACGGUUGAGUUGACGCUCAACCCAUCUGAUUCCUUCACAUCUGUGCCCAGGAAAAAACGGCCCCUCGAAGGUCUCAAGGUUGUCAUCAUCCAUGUCAAGGAUCGACUGGAUGAUGGUCCUAAUGUUGGAAACACUAUUCUGAAACAACUGCACAAUUUUGAGAGCGAAACUGAGUCACCCUUGGGAUGCGAAUUCAUCAUCUCUCAUUCUGGUCAGAGCAUCUAUCUCUGAGCACUUCAUUUACCGGCGUUGAAAUUUUCCGUUCUCUCUGGCAUUUGGCCAUAUAUGAUUUCUUUUGUUCUAUAGCACCUGGCUAUAAGCUCUGUGGGCUUGUGCUACCGUUUGGGUUUAAGUUUGUUAUACAUUUUGCUUAUAUGAGGCGACGAUUUGGUUUAUGAGUAUAACUCAGGGAAUGAAAGGUGGGCAUGUAUCACUCCUGGGGAACUGUAUUGCAUGAUGGCCAUUUUGUUAUUAAGCCCUGUUUGCGGGCUUGUUUAGUCUAUAUAUUUGGUGUUUGGUCAUGAAUGAAUAUAUACCACGUCUGACCUAGUUCUUUUGCUUUUGUAUCUUUUCAGCUCCCUCUUGGCCACCGACGUCCUUAUCAAAAUCUGUUCUUGGGAUCUCGAACGCCUCAGUAACCCUGGCAUAUGUGAUUCCUCCUAAUCGGCUGACUGGCUUCAACACACCAGGAUCAACCAUAUUCUUAUCCUCGUUCAACGCAUCCUCUCGAACCCAGAAACGAGUUCCCUCGAAAACGGCCAUACACCCAGACUUGUUUCCAGGUCGUGCCUUACUGUCGAACUCCUUGAGCAUAUCGAGCUUGCACUCAAUGCUAACAAUAGCCUCGCCCACACGAGCACACUUGACGGUCUCGCAGUCGUACUUGGGUGUCAGGCCCGAGAUAUCCCACUCAGAUACAUCAGCAGGGGCGUUGACGCUAGCUGAGUUUGCGGCUUCGAUGAAGUGCUCUGAGAUGAUGUUGAUAACACACUCGCCGGAUUCGGAGACGUUGCGAAGUGUGUCCUUCGCAUUGGCGAGUCCAGAUGCGAAACCAACAACAAACAUGGGCGGGUCGUGGCCCAUCAUGUUGAAGUAACUGAACGGGGCGAGGUUCUUCUUUGUACCGUCGGGAGCUUGACUGCUCACGAAAGCGAUAGGACGCGGUACAAUAGCAGAGAUGAGAAGCUUGUAAUUGAACCCCGCAGGGCGACCCUCCUCAUGAGGAUCUAUGGCGACAUGUUUCUUAUCACCAUCAUCCUUGCCCAACUUAUUCGCACCCUCACCAAAAGUCCAAUCCGCAUCAACAGUCUUGGUGUAGCGAAACUGAGACUUGGCAUCCAGCUCAGGUCUCGAAGCCUCGACCUUCUUAAAAUCCGGGUGAGGGUUGCGCUUGAGGAUUGCGUCUCCCAUGAUGAAUCGAGAGGUUGAAAAUAGUCGUGAUGAGUGAGUUGUGAGCGGUUUAAUGAUGCGACGCAUGGGGGACCUGACUUGGGUUAAAAUAAAAGUAUGGGGAUAUUCGGAGGGGCUCGGGGUUAGAUGUUGAUUCCGGGGUAUCUUUUCUAUGGUAGUUAAUUG